AGCAGCAGGUUUGCCCAUGCAUGAUUGUGCACGCAUACGUGUAGAUCUUGCAUGUACACAUGUGUGUCUGCACAUGUGUGCAAGUGUGCAAACCUGCCUUCUACACAGGAGUAGGUGGCAGCCCCUUGGGGAAGGGAAGUGGAAGGGUGCAGGGCUGUGUCCUCCUAGGCUGGUGAUGUCUGGGGUGGGGACAGUGGCUGAGGCCCCAAUCAAAAACACCGCGCAAACCCUCCCCCCCCCCAACUUGACACCCAGCCCGUUACAGGUGCGAGCAGGUGCUCCUAUGUGGCCAGGGACACCCGUCCAUUUCUAGCUUCCAAGGGUGCCCCUGUCACCACCCCAUGAGUGGCCUGCCCUCAUCCCUGGCCACUGCCUGACCCACCUGGCCUGCAGGUGACUCUCGGUGCUGCCCUGUGUUUCAGAGCCGGACGUGGCAUCAUCUGAAGUUGUUAGUUUGCUCACAAGGGGUCUGCAUUUGCUUGUGGCUCCGAUGAUGCCAUGGGGAGUUGGAGCACAGGGGGCCAAGGGGCUCCCCACCUCUCCCUCGCCUCUUCCCCGGAGGGUUGGGCUGAUCUGCCAGGGUCAGGGGUUGGGGGCAGGGGUUGUGCCUCCUGCCCCAAGAGAAUGAAGACAGGAUCACCUUGCUGUGGCUGGACAGUCUGGUACAGGAUUCGGGCUAGUGCCAGCCGACCUUGCUGUAUCCCAGCUGUGCUCCCUGUAUCCCAGGCGGGUAUGGUGGAGGGGGGGAAGGCAUUGUGGAAAAUUAAGGGCCAUCACCAAGGAGAUGGCAGCGCGUCCACUCCUUGGGUAGCUCCCGGCCCCCCGGCCAGCCCCGCCGAGGGUGCUGCCGUGGGAAGUGGGCGCUUUAAAUAGCCUCUCUCUUUCCCACUAAAAAUAGUCCUACUGUCGUGGAGGUGGUUGCCGGAGCGGCCCUGCUGCUGGCGCCCAGCCAAGGCAGGCGUGGGCGUGUCUGUGGGGCCAGCCAGUGCUGCCCCACGCUCAGGGCUGCUGUCAGGUGGGGGGGAACCCCACUGGGCCCCUGACUCACCCUGCAGGGUUUGGGUGCAGGGAGGUGAGUGACUCCCAUCCCCAAGGCCCUACAAUAGGGGCUGCAGUGGGAAGCUGGGGGGGCGGACCAGAGGCCAGAGGGGCUUCUCAGACUGUGCUGCCGCAGGUGGGGCUGUGGGGGUGUGUACAGGACCCUUCCGGGGAGGGAGCCAGGUGUCUUGGAAUGUUUCCUGGGAGAGGGAGGCAGUCUCUGCACGGGUCCAGCAGCCACCUGCCGGAGCUGGUGACAAGCAGGCUUGGAAGGAGCCACCUGGACCCCGUGUAUUUUGCUGAGUUGGGCUUGGGGCUCCAAUGCUUCAUAUUUUCCCUGGUGAGAGGGUCUCUGAGGGCCGAAGAUGGGCUUGGCUCUGGUCACCCCCUCCCCAGAGGUGGGCCUGUGGCAGCCUGGGGUUCAGACACCCCCCACCCUGGGCCCACCUGCUGGCUGCCAUGCCCCACCUCCCUGCCCAGCUGCUCCUCUCAGGUGCCCAUGGCUGACCCGAGCUGUGUCCCCGGCCGUCCCCGUCUACAAUGGCAUCAUCUUCCUCUUUGUGCUGGCCAACUUCAGCAUGGCCACCUUCAUGGACCCUGGCGUCUUCCCCCGAGCGGAUGAGGACGAGGACAAGGAGGAUGACUUCCGGGCCCCGCUCUACAAGAAUGUGGAUGUGCGUGGCAUCCAGGUCCGCCUCAAGUGGUGUGCCACGUGCCACUUCUACCGCCCUCCUCGCUGCUCCCACUGCAGCGUCUGUGACAACUGUGUGGAGGACUUUGACCACCACUGCCCGUGGGUCAACAACUGCAUUGGGCGGCGCAACUACCGCUACUUCUUCCUGUUCCUGCUGUCACUGAGUGCGCACAUGGUGGGCGUGGUGGCCUUCGGCCUGCUCUACGUGCUGAACCAUGCCGAGGGGCUGGGUGCCGCCCACACCACCAUCACCAUGGCGGUCAUGUGCGUGGCUGGCCUCUUCUUCAUCCCGGUCAUCGGCCUCACAGGCUUCCACGUGGUGCUGGUCACGCGGGGGCGUACCACCAACGAGCAGGUAACGGGCAAGUUCCGUGGAGGCGUGAACCCCUUCACUCGUGGCUGCUACGGGAACGUGGAACACGUGCUGUGCAGCCCCCUGGCCCCCCGGUAUGUGGGUGAGCCACCACGGCUGCCACUGUCCGUGAGCCUAAAGCCACCCUUCCUCCGGCCAGAACUCUUGGACCGAGCCGCACCACUCAAGGUCAAGCUGAGCGACAAUGGGCUGAAAGCAGGCCUGGGCCAUAGCAAGUCCAAGGGCAGCCUGGACCGGCUGGACGAAAAGCCCCUGGACCUGGGGCCUCCACUGCCCCCUAAGAUAGAGAGCAGCGCAUUCAGUGGGGACUUGAAGACCCCGCGCCCGGCCAGUGCUGAGAGUGCUCUGUCAGCUCAGAGGACCAGCCCACCUACACCUGCCAUGUACAAGUUUCGACCAACCUUCCCCACGGGUCCCAAGGCCUCCUUCUGCGGGCCUGGUGAGCAGGUCACAGGCCCGGACUCCCUGACCCUGGGGGAUGACAGCCUGGACUUCGUGUCAGAGCCCAGUCUGGACCUGCCGGACUACGGACCGGGUGGCGGGGGCGGCUUGCACACAGCUUACCCACCGUCUCCGCCGCUCAGCGCUACCGACGCCUUCUCGGGCGCGCUGCGCUCUCUGAGCCUCAAGGCAGGGAGCCGGAGGGGCGGGGACCAUGUGGCCCUGCAGCCCCUGCGCUCCGAUGGUGCGAACCCCGCUCCCCACCGUAGCCUCUUCGCUGCGCACGCGCUGCCCAACCGCAACGGCAGCCUGUCCUACGACAGCCUGCUGAACCCAGGCUCGCCAGGUGGCCACGCGUGCCCAGCCCACCCGUCGGUGGGCGGCGGAGGUGGCAUGACCAGCUACCGCUCACCCUAUCUUCACCCUGGGCCCCUGGGCGACCCCCCCCGGCCUCCGCCCCGCAGCUUCAGCCCAGUGCUGGGCCCGCGGCCGCCGCGGGAGCCGUCACCAGUGCGCUAUGACAACCUGUCGCGGACCAUCAUGGCCUCCAUCCAGGAGCGCAAGGACCGGGAGGAGCGGGAGCGGCUGCUGCGCUCUCAGGCCGACUCGCUCUUUGGCGGCGACUCCGGUGUCUACGACGCGCCCAGCUCCUACAGCCUGCAGCAGGCCAGCGCGAUGUCAGAGGGCGCCCGAGGUGCAGUGCUACGCUACGGCUCCAGAGACGACCUCGUGGGGGCAGGGCCAGGCUUCGGCGGCGGCGCGCGCAAUCCCGCCCUGCAGACGUCGCUGUCCUCGCUGUCCAGCGCCGUGAGCCGGGCAGCCAGGACAUCCUCGUCCUCCCUACAAGCUGACCAAGCCAACAGCAGCAGCAGCAGCAGCGGCCCUGGGCCCCGGCCCGGCAGUGGCUCACAUAGGUCGCCAGCCCGCCAGGUCCUGCCCUCCCCUCCUGGCACCCCUCGCUCCCCUUCCUAUGCAGGCUCCAAAGCUGUCGCCUUCAUCCACCCGGAUCCCCCGGAGCCGCCACCCUCGCUGGCUGUGCAGAGGGACCACCCUCAGUUGAAGACCCCCCCAAGUAAGCUUAACGGGCAGUCCCCGGGCUUGGCUCGGCUGGGGCCCUCGUCCGUCAGCCCCGCCCGGCACACGCUGGUUAAGAAGGUGUCCGGCGUAGGGGGGACCACGUAUGAGAUCUCGGUGUGACGCCCGGCUGUGCCAUCCAUCCAUCCAUCCGCCGUGUUGCCGCGGGGGACCAGGACCCUGCAGUGGCCCUGACCCCAGCUCCGCCCUUGGGAGAGGAGGCCACCCAGCUUGGGGUCAGCAGGAGGGAGGUCUGUGCCUCCAGACCCGGUCCCCUUCUGCUUGUCUGCCCACUCACCAACUCCCCCAUGGGAGGCUGGCUGGGGGCUUUCUGCCUGUGCGUCCCGGCCCUUGGCCAGGCUCAGCCCCACCUUCCUGUCCCUCACUGGCCCUAUCUGCUCCCUAGAGAGGCCGCCCUGGGGCCCACCCUAUAGAGACAUGCCCCAGGCCUGCCCUCCCGGUUGCUGCUUCUAACGUGUUGCCUUUCCCGGACCCUGCUUGUGGCUUGGCCAGGCGGUUGCUUCUGCAGGAAGGUCCACCCCUAGAUCCAUGAGUCCGACAGACAGACCAGCUGUGGUGGGGCUCCCAGCUAUGUGUGUCCUGUCUUGCCCUGCCAGUGGGCCUGCGCCCCCGUAUGCGUGCGUGCGUGCGUGUGUGUGUGUGUGCGCGCGUGCUAUGCUAUGUCCCAGCUGGGACUACCGCUGUCCCUUUCAUCAAAGCCUUAACCUCUUGCUUUAUGCUCUUGUGGGAGGUGACGGAGGCCUGGGGUGGAGUGCAGGCAGAAUGAAAGCAAGCUGGCACAGGGUGGUGCCACAACAGGGAGCCCUUCUCCCCUAGUCCCUUCCCUCUCCCCCAGCCCUGCCAAACUGGAGAAUCCCCACCCACAGGCUCAGCCAGCCCCCCGUCCCGCUUGCCCCAGGGACCAUAGCCCCUGGGAGCUGGGCGGAGGGGCGUGCGGUGGGGGCAGUGCUUUCCCUGGUGUCAGGGACCCGAGAGUAAGCACACUGCCCGCGUCUGCUUGCGUUGUGUCUGUUUUAUGUUUUUAUAUCUACAUCUAUAUAUCUAUAAUUUUAUUAAAAAACAAACAAAAAAAGGCAUCAUCUUGAUCUUGUCCUUGAGCAAAGCAAGCUUUGGGGUUGUUGCUGCAGUGUCUUGAG